AAAUUGGCCGCAGCACGUGACGCGGGCACGUGCCGUCACGUUUCUAUUGGUCGGUUGCUAAGUUGAUUGGCACAAGGUGGCGAGUACUUAUACAGUAAGAUGGAGGGGAAUCGGUGGCAUGCUCAGCACACACAGAGGAUGGACUCGGUCCGUAGUGGAAGUAUCUGUAGGCGCUUCAUCAAUGGCUCUUGCAGAUUUGGUCCAAGAUGUAGUUACCGACAUGAAUGGGCCGAUAUGCCACCAUCCCAAAUAUGUAGGUACUUCCAGAAAGGUGCAUGCUGGUACGGUGAAAGCUGCAGGUAUCUCCACGUCCUUCAACCUGAUGCAGCUGUUGCAGGUAGAAGAGGUUCGGUACCUAUGGUUUCCUCUACAGCAGCGUACGCUCCACCCGACCGGAGAGGGUCGGCGCCUGCUCUUCCACAAGCUGACGUGCUGUCCAGGCAGCCGUACAGCAGAUCACAGUUGCUGUUUAGCAUCUCAGAUCCUCAACACAACUCUGGGCUCCCGGCAUCAGAUAUUGCUGAGGAGCAAUCUCAAGUUGGUGUUUUUCUCUACCACUUUUUCCUUAGAUAACGCUCCUUUAACUGCCGCUUGGCAAUCAGUCCAGAGCUCAGAAGCUGCACAAGCAUGUGCUGGAACAAAUGAGCAGGAGACUUCCAAUGAGACAAUGGGGGGUGGAGGUGCUGCUGCUGCCGCUGUGGCGGCGUUUAGUACCCAAGGGAAUGGAAAGGAAAUGGAGACCUUCCUCCGGAGUGAGAAUGUGACCUGUGGCAUCUGCAUGGACAAGGUGUAUGAAAAGACUGAUCCGAGGAACCAUGUUUUUGGAAUCUUGCCCAACUGCAAUCACUCCUUCUGUUUACAAUGCAUCAUGACCUGGAGGAAAACAAAAGACCUCGGCCCGGAUGUGGUAAAGAGCUGUCCACAGUGUCGAGUGAGAUCGGCCUUUUAUGUGCCACACAAACAGUGGGUUGAAGGACACGCCAAGGAAAGAGUAGUUGCUGCCUUUAAAGACAAAUUCAGUAAGAAAAGAUGCAGUUACUACACCCGAUACAGAUGCUGUCCCUUCAAAACUGAGUGCCUCUACUGGCAUGAUAUACCUCCACACCACGAGUCAUUUCCGUAUUAUACAGAAGAUGAUGACUACGAUGAUGUUGAUUUAAUCAAUCUCUUCAUAGCCAUGGCCCUUCUCGGGGAUGAUGAAGACGACGAUGUUGCCUUUCCUUUUUACCUAUCUGAAGAGUAUGAUUUUUGAGCCUUUUCUGUCUCGUCGGUGCCUGUAACCACUGGAUGGGGUCCGAAUUCUUCAUUCCCCCCCCCCACCCGAAGAACACAUGGCUGUGUUUUGACCCUGCUGUCAGUAUUUAAAUCUUCUUGUGAAGUGUGAAUAUUCAGGAUAUCUGCCAUUGAGGGCCCUGUGUGUUGGUUUUUAAUUGCUCUCACUACAGCAGGUGAUUAUUUUGUUUUUACUGAAUAGUGCUCUUUCAACCAGAGAGAAACUAACUUGUGAAAUCCCCUGCUGCAGUUUCUGAUUGGUGGUGAGUGUAGACAUGGCUCGGUGGCGCAUGGUUAUUUACCCUUGUUCUAGAUGUGACUACCCCAGAUGUGACACAUUUGGCUAAUGAUGCUGUGACUGUUUAUGGCCUUCUAGUUUGGAUUAAUUUCUCUCCUGUGGCCAUUGUGCUUCCAACAUGUUGCAAGUUCAUUUUUCCAGUGUUUAGAGUACUCAAUUUGGACUCUUCCUGCUAUUUGCACCAUUUAUAUAUUUUUUUUUUUAAGUGUUUGGCUGGUAGUUUUAAUUAUCUAUGGAUAAAAAGUGUGCUGUAUUAUCCCCUUCUUGCUAAAGUCCACUACUGAUAAUUGUAAAGUUUUUCCCCCACAGCUUUGGCAAGAAUAUGAAAUGUAAUUUUAUAACUUUUUAAACAAGUUGUACUUAUACACAGAAAAUAAAUUGCUUCACAUUUUGUCUCA